GAGGCCUUCUGGGGUCUUUCACAAUUAUUCAUCAGCCCUAAGCACACCAUGCAUGGUUUCUUCAUGCAUGGCUUUCCAAAACUGCUGAGGUUCCAGGAACACCAUGAUACCGUACUGAAAAAGUUCUUACCCAAGAUAAGGAGGCAUAUGGAACGCCAUGAGAUGUACCCCACACUGUACACCAUCAAGUGGUUCCUCCAGUGCUUUCUUGACAGGGUGAGUGUUACUUUCUUCGAAAAAAAAAAAAGCUCUAAAUAGUAGGCGUUAUGUUUCUUAU